GUAAUUUUUACAUAUUCAUACUUUCUAAAAUGCUGUCAUAUUUAGAUAACAUUUGCAUAUCGUUCAAAAAUCAACUUCUAGAAAUUAAACUCUGUAGUCUUUAUCAUAACUUAUAAUAGUUUCAUAUAGACUACUACGCUUAAAAAAUAUAACAAAAUAUUUUUUAGUCGCUCCAACUACUACGGUUUUUAGGAACAGAAGACACAGUAGGACAUAGGAGUAGUUUUUUAUUGUGUGGAACGUGGCAAGGAAACACCAAAGUGGACUAACUUCAAUAUAUUUUCCGAGCUUUCGAAUACUUAUAUAUUCAUCAUUCAUCUGGGAAAUAAUUAAUUGAGAUUUCCGGUGAUUUUGAUAUUAUUAAAGCUUUUAAACUCAUGGAAUUCAAUAUUCAAUUUGACUUUGAUGGAAAUAUUUCUAUCAAAGUAUUAGCAAAUAAUUUUUGAAAAAUGAACAAUCGUGCCAAAUCCACGCUUUUACAGUUCUUUCGAUUAUAGAGCAUUGAUGCACAUUCUCGGACGAUUUCCAUCUUAUCAAAAUUUUCUACAUCUUGAGAAUCGAGUAAUGAUGCAAAAACUUCUUGCAUUUUUUCAUUUUUUAUCAGUAACUCUAAGGGUUUUUUCUUGCAGUGUAAUCUGAUCCUGUAAUAGUUCGGGAGGUAGCGUUGCAAAUUCAAAAGUCAUAGUAAACCGGCUGAUAUUAACAUCGAUAGUUGACCCUAUAUGACUAAUAAAUGAACCGACCCUCAACUGCUCAAGUAACGGUGGGUGCGGGUGUGGGAGGCUGCGAAAACAACAAUCAGCUGAUUGUGUAGCGGUCAACAAGAUUAAAAAUUUUGGAGUAUUGCUGUGAGGCUGUUUGCUUUCAAAUACAUAUUUUGCGAUACAUUCCGGCCUUGCUUGAACCCAUAACACGACCUUCGAGCUACCUAAGCCUUUUCCACUAAAAUUUCAAAGCAGCAUCUGCCUGUCCGUGUGGAUCUUUGUCGUACGCAAUCCGUUUCGGUUCUCCUCGUCGAACGAACGGGCUCAAAUCCAAAUAUGUCGACGAUUCAACCGUCUUUUGUAUUCUGUGGCAAAAAAAGAACAAUUGUUGCUUUUUUCUGAAAAAACUUUUCAACGAUAUAAACUUCGUAAUGACCAUUUCAUACGAAACAAUAACAGAUUUUCUGUUAGGUCGAUGACUUGCUGCCACCGAAAAUAUAAACACCGACGUGUCAUCGAGUCAAUCCACUGAGGAAACAUGUGGAGCUGGAAACGAAGAAGCAACGAAGCCAGAUAUACCUGGAGCUGAGGAGUUUGUUUCGGAAAACGUUAUUGAAAAAAAACAAUGCUUCUUUUUAAGUUUUAUAAAAUCAGUUUUUAUCGAAUGCGCGAAAUGUGAAAGAACAGACACAUAUCUGCGGACAUCGAACCGUACAGUUUAUAAAAAAAAGAUUAUUAGAAGCAUUCCCAAAAAAAAUUGCCGUGGUGUCUAUGAACUCGAAAAAGGUUGUUAAAUUAUUUUUAAGUGAUAUUUUUCAUGGGAUUUCUCUGUGCAAUUUGAUGAAAUAAUUUUGUAAUUAAAUUUUCUAUUAAAAACAAAAAUAAAUCAAGAAAGUUGUUCGUUCAUGUACAACAAUUGCGCAAUCGACGAAACAAUGCUCCGCCCACCGUUCAUAGACGCUAUAAUGAGCGAUGCAACUUUCAACAUUCGCAAACUCCCGGCUACCUCUGCUUACUUACAUGAUACAGCCAACAGUUGUAAAUAAUUCACUUCAUAAACUCCGCAACCAGUGAGAACUUCAAUAGAAUCGACUUCAAACAACAGAUUUGAAAUAUGUUGAGUUUUUUAGUGCUGUUAGUUAUAACUUAUAGUUGCGCAAGAGCAGUAAUUAUAAACGCCGCUAUAGAACCCAAAUCUACUUCCGAAGAUGAUGAUGAUGCUUUAACUUUAAAAUGUAACAAAAAACAAUACACAUACAUGGUGACCCAGUCAGACGAAAAUGGCAAGCAGUGUUGGGAUAAAAUUUCUGUUAGCGCUUGCUGGGGUCGCUGUGAUUCUAAUGAGAUUUCCGAUUGGCGGUUUCCUUUCAAGAAAUCCAACCACCCCGUGUGUGUGCACCACGGCCGUACAAAGAUGUUCGUAUCAUUAAGAUUUUGUGAUGAAGGUGUCAAAGAAGGCACCAAUUAUUAUGAAUAUUUAGAUGCUACUGAUUGCAAAUGUCAAGUUUGUUCAUCAACCGAUACAAGUUGUGAGGGAUUAAGAUACCGACCUCCAAGAUCACAAAUCGAUAGCUUAGGAUUUGCAUAAGAAAAAUUUUCGCCGAUAUCGAGUAUACUUUGAAAAUAUUUAUCAGGAAAUAUAUUAAUUGAAAUAAACGGUUACUAUUUCUAAUUUUAAAAAAAAUGAUCAUGUUUAAAAAAGUAAGCAUGUUAUAAAUUAUUUUGACUUGGUAUUAAAUAUCUAAAUCUUAUCUUUUUCAAUGAUUAUAUGAUAAAAUCAACUUUGAAUAUCUAUUCGUAAUUUAUUAUUUAUGUAAAAUUAACUUGGUGAG